AUGCAGAGGAUGUUGCAGAAAAGUACUUCAAAAGAGCUUAUGAGCAUGUGUAUGAUCCAACCUGGGAAGACAGAUGACUACAGCAAUGAAGUGUUGUCUUGCAAAGUACAUGAUAUAAUUCUUGAUUUGAUGAGAUCCAAGUCAAGUAAAGAGAACUUUAUUCAUGUAAUUGAUGGUUCGAAAGAUGAGACAGGGGAGAUCCGCCGAGUCUCGGUCCAGUACAAUGAUGAAGAGGAUACGAGAACUUCGAAAACAAUCAACAAAGGGUCACUAUCACAUGUUCGGUCCGUCUUAUUUUGCCGGAGCUCACUUAUGCCAUAUUUUCUGGAGUUCAAGUAUGUCCGAGUGCUACACAUUGAACAUCAUAAUUAUUCUUGCCGGAACAAUCACCUAGACCUCACCGGUAUCAGUAGGUUGUUUCUCCUAAGGUAUUUAAAGGUAGCAUGCAGUCCAUGUUAUCAAACCUAUGAGUUGAAGCUACCUAAUCAAAUUGGGGAGCUACAGCAAUUGGAGACGAUAGACAUAGCUGGAGCUACACAGGAAAAUCUCCCAUCAGAUAUUGUCAGUUUGCCAUGGUUAUCGCAUCUCCGCUUGAGGAUAUUAGUGUUGCCGGACGGGAUCGACAGGUUGAAAUCCUUGCGCACCCUAGAAGGUGUAUGUUUGUAUAGAAGCUCGGUAGAGAAUAUCAAGGGGCUCAGCAAGCUGACCAAAUUGAGAAAACUUCAGGUGUGUUCGAAUCCGAGUCAAUUUGUGCAUGAGACCACCAUGGAUGCCUUGUACUCUUCCAUCUGCAAGCUUUCCGCCAACCUCAGGGCCUUUAAUUUCAAAGGAGGAUUGGUUUACAUACCAGAUGUCCCAGGCUGGAUUACCAGAACACCAUUGCCUCGGGGCUCUCAUAUUCAGGAGCUCGAUCUGUGGGCCUGCAUGUUUGAAAGGUGCCCCGAGUGGAUUGGUCAGCUCCACGGCCUCUACAAAUUUUGUAUUAGUGUGAGGGAGGUGGCUGAUGGUGUCAGUAUUGUUGCACAGUUGCCUUCACUUGCCUACUUCCAUUUGAGUACUUAUGGUAUGGGUGAAGAAGAAAAGGAAGAAAGUGUAGUCAUCCCUGGCAGUGGCACUGUCAGCGGGGCAUUCAGAGCACUCAAGCGCAUGAUUUUCGACUGUUCAAUGGCGUCACUGACCUUUGAGGAGGGGGCUAUGCCCAAGCUAGAGCAGCUUGACAUAUGGUUCCGUCACCACAUGGCUCCUCAGUUCCUACCAGUUGGCAUCCAGCACUUGCCAAGUGGCACCCUUAAACAAAUCAGUUUACAUGUGACACAACUACACAGGACAUAUGUGAGGCAGCUGUUGGAGGGAGCAUUUAAGCCACAUCAUCCUGCCGCCGACAUCAACAUGCUAAUCUCUGCUUCAUUAUAUUUUUUUUUCUAG